AACUACAUAGCUAAUUAAAUAUUAUUUAAUGGAUUUUUGACUUUUGGAUGAAAAUAUUUUUAAUUAAUGUUGAAUUCAUUUCCACGUAAGAUGAUGGAUCCGAUCAAAGAUACCUUUUUGUAUUUUGCGUAUGGGAGUAAUUUGUUUAAAAAACGUAUCCGUAUCAACAAUCCAACAGCUGAGUUUUUAGGAGUUGGCAGACUUGAUAAUCAUCAAUUAGAUUUUAUAAAAUAUUCUGAACAUUGGAGAGGCACAUCAGCAACUAUUAUACCCACUGAACAUGCCCAUGUUUGGGGAGCAAUAUGGAGACUACAUGAUCAAGAUUUACCAUCAUUAGACAGACAAGAAGGUGUUGAUACAAACUGGUAUUUUGCUAAAUCUGUAAAUGUUAUGACUUCUGAUGGUGUUUCAGUUCAAUGUCGAACAUAUCAACAAACUAUUAAUCCACCUUUACGGAAAAAUGGUGAAGAAUUACCUCUCGAAAGAAGGCCUUGCAUUACUUAUUUAGAUUGUAUUAUUAAGGGAGCUGUUGAGUGUGAAUUACCCGAAUAUUAUAUUGAAGAGCUUAAAAAAAUAUCCCACAAUGGACAAAUAGCUUCAGCUAAAAUGUUAGAGAAAUUAAAUUCACAGUAAUUUUUUUUUACAAAAUAAUCUAAAUUUUAAUAAUGAAUUGACUGAUUACAAAAUUUUAUUGUAACUGUUAAACAUUAAAUAAAUUGUAUA